GUGCCAUAAUUUUUGACAACCUCCAGCGAGAGAGAUGUCAAAGUUGAUGUUUUGGUGUUCUUUGAUUCGCUAAAUUCUUUUGUAAAAUGAAUAAAUUAAAAUCCGCCCAAAGAGACAAAGUGAAGAAAUUCAUUUCGCUCACGCAGACCGGAGAGUCAACAGCAAUAUAUUGUUUAAGUCACAAUGAGUGGAAGUUGGACUUGGCCAGCGACAACUACUUCCAGAAUCCCGAUCUGUACUACCGGGAGCUGGACAGGAGCAAGAUCGAGCAGCUGUACUACAGAUACCGCGAUCCCGGGGACCCCAACAAAAUCAAUUCGGAUGGCGUGAUGAAGUUCCUGGACGACCUUCGCCUCUCGCCCGACUCGAAGCUCGUCCUGAUCAUCGCCUGGAAGUUCCGCGCGGAGACGCAGUGCGAGUUCAGCAGGGACGAGUUCUGCAACGGCUUCUACGAUCUGGGUGUAGAUAGUAUAGAGAAGCUGAAGGCGAAGCUGCCGUUGCUGGAGAAUGAUCUCAAGGAUUCUAACAAGUUCAAAGAUUUCUACCAGUUCACAUUCAAUUACGCCAAGGAUCAGGGCCAGAAGGGCCUGGGCCUGGACAUGGCGAUCGCGUACUGGAACAUCGUGUUGCAGGGAAAAUUCAAAUUCCUCGAUCUCUGGUGCACUUUUCUCACGGAGCACCACAAGAGAUCAAUUCCGCGGGACACGUGGAAUUUGCUUUUGGAUUUUGCAAUACAGAUCGACGAUAAUAUGACAAAUUACGAUUGCGAGGGUGCGUGGCCAGUGCUGAUUGAUCUGUUUGUCGAAUGGUGUCACACGAACUACUUCAACACAAAUCCCAAGUCUGUCAAUGAGUUUCAGCAGCCGCACAACACCAACAUGUAUUGUGGAUAAAGAAAGGCAGAGAGAGAGAGAGAAUUGGCACGCGAGAUUGUUUUUUUUGUGCAGAAGAAGAAGAAAAGAAGAAAAUUCAUUACAAAUCAGAGAAAGAAUGAGAGAAUAGAAUAUAAUUAAAUAAUAUAUAGUUUUGUCAGCCUUUAGAUUUUAUCCUUUUUGUAAAAAGAGAAUUUUAAAACAUUGAAAUAUUUACUCUUUCACGUUCGUUUUGGGAAUUUCCCUCAAAAAAAGAAUUUUUCUGCUCUUCAGCAAAACAUAUAAUGAAAAUAUAUAUUCCGCCACCCCCAAAAUGCUAUUAAUUUCCCCCGCCAAAUUGAUCAAAAGCCCAGCAAUUCUUGCACUUCACACCCUGAAGGUUACAUAAAGUGUACAAAAAAAGAGAUGAAAGAUUUGCCGAUUAAAGAAAUUAUCUUCGCAUCUCUUUCGUCGGAAUUAUACAAAUUUUGACUUUUUGCUGCACUUAAAACGCUGUUUGUAGAUGAUUUUUUUGAGAAUUUACGUGUUCCGAUUCUUUGAAUUAUAAAAAAAAAACUAAUAAAGAAGAAAAGAAACAAGAUUUUUCAUGGAGGAAAAACAGAAAAUUAAUCAAAUUACAUGAAGAAAAAAAAUACGUUUACUUGUUUAGGAUAAUUUAUUGUAAUGUGUAUCUAUAGUUGUAUAAAAAAAAAGCUUGAAUGUAGUCAUAUACUUUUAUGAAUAGGGAAAAGAAAAAGAAAAUAAUAAGGAAAGUUACAGUUCAUCAGAAUAUAUAUAUAUAUGUAUAUGUAAUUGAAUAAAAAUAACAAACUUUUUAAAA